CUAUAAAAGCUCAUGUUGAUGACUGAGUUUCAUACUUGGUCAAGUCAAUUACACCUAUCGAACAAGAUGGGACUGCAGCCACAUUCGGUCUUCAGAUGAAGUUGAUGUCAUAUCACCUGUCACGGUAGAUAGUCUCCGAACCCCAAAGCUAGCUUAUUGCUGGUCCCAAAGUCGCAUAUCUUCUUCCAUCUCCUUCUCCCUGUUAGCCAAAUAUAUUAUCUAUUUUCUAUAAACCUGGAAAUUAGUGAGGAGAGAUGAAACAAAAGUGACAAGAUGGCACCUCGACUGAGAGCACGACAGAUUACUAUGGAUGGCGCCCGGAUCGCUAUCGAAAGCAGUAACAGUACUACUCGCUCGUCGGGCUUAGAUGAUUUAAUUCAUAUAUUCAAAGAACAAACGAGGGCCGCAAAUUUUUCGACUCUAGAUGAUAAAAGUUAUCACAUAACCUUCGAAUCUCUUUUCAGGUGUUCAUUAGCUGAGAAACAAGCUUAUUAUGCCAAAAAGAGCACGGCUGCUAACAGGCUUACCAAGUGUGCAGAAGCACUCCGCCUCGGUAUUGAGUUAGGGGCGGGCAAGGUAAAACGGAAAACCGUUCUCGCCAUCAUUGAUCACAUUACUCAGACCCUUCCACAUUCUGAGGACGACCUAGUCCCGCCGCUUGUUCAGGACUACAUCAAAGCACUUGCAGCUCUGCUGAAUCAUGCUGCUAACGUCGAGCUCAUUGCUACAGGGGGUGGCGAGGGUUGGUUCACGUGUGUUGACUUCGCCAUUGACAUCUUGACCUUAUAUCUAGCGGCGACCGAGAAAGAUCCUGCCCCAUCGCGAGCUUCGCCGGCGCCCGGAAUAGCUCAGGCAGCGUCUUCGAUUUUGUCAACUCCCAGAUCUGCUUCCGCGUCGCAGCGAGCUAGCCGAGUUUCACGUAGUCAUUUACCGGAUCUUCUACAAUGCCUUCUUCACCUCGCAUCUACCCCAAAUGCCCCUCUUUUGCAGCGUUCAAAGGAGAUCUCGUUUGUUGUCAUUCAAGUUCUCCAGCUCCGUUCUCUCGGAAUAAGCCAGCUACAUCAAGUGGCAUUCGCAUUAGUUAACAAGAUUUUCGUGGCGUCCCAGACGGAUGAUUCUGACCACGCAAACUCUCUAGCUAUGGAUUGCCUGCCAUUGGUAAGCCAGUGGUGGCAAACGAAAGCGGCAUCUGCACACGACGCGCUUCUGAAUGGCGUUCGUGUCGAAAUGUUGAAGCUUCUAUUCAACAUUCACCUCCAACUCGAGUUUCUAAUCAAGCAAGACAACAAGCGAUCGCUACUUGGAGACGUUGAAAAUUUGGCGGAGUUAUUUUGGGGUGAAUAUUCUAGGCGGGAGGAACGCGCUCAGCUUCAGCAAGACGAUUUGACAUACUCGUCCGCACCUUGCGGCAGCUCGACAUUUCAAGUACAGUCCUUCUCUUUACGCCCAUUCAAUGUUGACGGCGAGAAAAAUUGGGCAGUUGUGCACAUUCUAGCCCUUCUCGAACGUCUAAUGUGGAGAGGUUCUCAGCAAUUGCACACUGCUUUAGCUGACGAUGAACAACCACGGAAGAAGCAACGGACUACUGCAGGCUUUAGUCGACUUCGCCAAAAACUACGCUCCAUUGACCAGUCUGUACAGUAUACUGCUCUUCAAGUAAUACCUUUUUUUGUAUCGGAUCUCAAAGUUGAGAUUGAUGAGAUGUCAGAACUGCUAUCCUUUUUGAUGAGUCAAAUUACUAGCAAGAAAAGUAAGGUAUCUUCGUGGGCUAUGAUUGCUUGCGCAAGCUUAACUCUCCAACCCAGCGCCACUGAUAACGAUCUACGCACGCUUUGGAAGCAAGUAUGGCAGAUCGCAGUGCGAGCGGUUAGCAUGACUGCAAGCUGCCGUGCCUCUAGUGUUCUGCUUCAUUCCAUCCUAACUCAUGAAUUAGUGCCAUACAGUCAUAUUGCCGAUGAUAUCAACAGUAUGAUCAUGAGUUCUGAUGUCAAUGGACCAGCUGUUGUGACGGAUUCAUCUCUCAUUCUCAUGACCACCCUUCUUAACGUUCGAAACAUUCAAGUUCCGAGUGCUAGUUACGCGACCUGCAAUCAUGUAGUCCGGUGGAUGUUUUUUAGAUGGGACCCUGCCGACACAGUAUUCAUAUCGUCAUAUUCCGGCCAUACUAUACCGGUAGAUAUCGUCAAUCUAAUGCGAGCAGCUUAUGGCGAUCAGGAAAUGACGUUGUCUCGAUCGUCUCAGACGAUUUCCGGACAGAUUGGGGAGACUCUAUGUCUGCUCAAGAACCGCGAAAGUCUAGUCAAAUACCUGCUUCUGUUAGAUCCUGAAACGCCUGUAGUUCCAACAGGUACUAGUCAGAAGCAAGCCGUGACUGCAGCUACGCAACUUAGUGAUAGCUCAAAUGCUCAUAGCACGAAAAAACUCAUAGCAGAACUCUUCUAUCCGAAACUUGAGGAAAUCAGAACCCUGUGUGAGUCAUGGGACAAACAGAAAGAUAAGUCAGUCCAAAUCACGCCAGAGAAACUCCAAAGCGUAUUAUGUUCUUUGGUUGUCGGUGCCAUUAUACUUCCUGAGAUAAUGGAAGCGAACUCGUCACAGUCUCAAGAAAUCCAACACUCAUUAUUUCCAACUCUUCAAAUUGCCUUGGCUGGUGUCUCGAACACGUCCGACAGCCAGGCUCUGUACGACUGCCUUCUUAUGUCAGUUCGUUCCUAUAUACCAACAUUGUCAAGUGCCGAAUUGAGUAAAUUAGGCAAAGAGUGGAAGUAUCUCCACCAACUCCUCUGCGAGAUAUAUGGAGCUUUUCGCAAAAGAUCUGGAAAGCAAACUUCUGAUCACGACGAUGACUUCAUGGAUAUUGACGAUGGCUUUGAAUCCAAAGAACACCGGUCUAAUAUAUCGUCCAAAUCACUUGAAAUAUCCCGACACGAGGCAUCCAUUAACCUACAAGCAGCAACUUUUUACUCCGAUACUAUUCAAAGGCUUCAUCUUCUCGAUAUACUGUAUGAAGAUAAUGGCCAAAUUGGGCUCGUUCCCGCCUUGUUCCUCGAUGAAUUGUUAGAAUUAUCGGACGAAGAACUUCUCUCGUGCCGCUGCUUAUUACGGGAACUAUUUGACUCUGACCUCAUAGUCAACCCCGAUGACGCUGAUAGAGUGAUCGCCCGAAUCGGCGAGUUACUCGGUAGCACGGCUUUUUCGAGUUGCGAAGUUGCUCUAAACGUAUGUCUCGACGUAAUGGAAGGUCUCAUGCCAGUGUGGUCCGACAGCAAUGGCGAAAUAGCAUCUCACGUGGGCGAUUUGUACUGCUACUUCCUCAAUUCCGGACUAAAGAAUAAUAUACUUUCAUCAAGCGUCCAGAUAUCACUGGCUCGAUUACUUCUCCGUCUGAUCCAAGUCAACGAUAAAUACCCAGAGACGAUCAAAAUGGACCCUCCAAGCACGUCCCUAUUUAGUAUACUAGAGGACGGAGAAAUAUCUGUCAAGUACUAUAUAGGAUGCUGCUUACCGAGCUUGUUUGGCCGAUAUGUUCUGAAGUCUCAUGACGAGGUUUUAGUUGAUGUCCUCGGUGUGCUUCCGAGCAAAAGCGACUUUCCCGAGGGUAUAGCCUUGCGGUUAUUCGUACUUGCUGAAUUAGCACGCAAGUGGCCUACUCUCCUCCGACGCGGUAUAUAUCAUAUAUUUGAGAUCCCGGGAGAAAUUCCUGGUUCGAUGAGACAUGCAGAACGCUGUCUCAACAAGAUAUCUGCUUCUUUGAAGCUUGAGAGCGCACAAGAGUUAUUUGAUUUGUUUGCGCCUCAGCUACUUUAUACCUGGCUUGAAAUUAAAAGUAUCGACGACAUCCCAUUUAGGAUAUUCGGUUUCUCAAGUCUCAAGGAAUUAGUACAGCACGCACAAUCCGAAGUCGUAUCUCUAAUGAUCAUGCGAGGACAAGAUGAAGCAGCGGAAAAAUUGGCAACAACUCUUGGUGAUAGUUUCGCGGAACUCAUCCGGCGUAAUUUCUCAAGGAUCUUAGCGUACAGUAUGGCGCAUGAUAUCAGCAUGCCCCAAUCGGAGCAGCAGCGAAGUGGUGAAAGCCGAUUGCGCAAGAUCCUUGGUCGAGAGGCAUUUCUUGAGGGCAUAUAUAUCAAUUUUGCGGAUAUUAUCGGGCUGUUCUUCAGCCUUAUCGACCAAGAAAAUCCAAUUGAGGAGUCAUGGGCCAGAGAUCCAAACUUCAAGUACGCUGCUGAGUCAAUGGCAGAAAUUAAGAAGUGUGGUCAUUCCGAGAUUGGCUUGUCGCCGAACCAGCAGCCAAUGUUCCGGGCCAAGUAUCUAACCAGAGAGAUAGCACUAUUGUGUAGUCGAACGGAAUACGAGAUGUCUGCACUGUGGACACCAGCACUCGUGGUCAGCGUUGCUCGGAAACUCCUCGAUGGUGUUCAUGCUGCUUUGGGACCUUUGCAUACAUGUUCUGUCCUUCGAAAGGUGCGGGUCCUCAUAUGUCUAGCAGGCCAACCUGCUUGGGAAUCGUAUCCUUUAGAGAUGUUCCUACAAGCCAUACGUCCUCUGAUUGUGGAUACGGAAUGUGCGGAUGAUGCACUUGGGAUGAGCCAAUACCUCCUGGAGAAAGGAUCAAAUUCAUUGUCAAAAUCACCUUCGUUCCUAGCUGGCUAUGCCCUAUCUGUGUUGGCUUCACUUCGCGUAUUCCUAGAAACUAGUCAAUCUAGCACGACCCAAGAAAGCCAGUUCAAAGCUACUAUGAGCAAAGCGCAGAAAUUCCAUUCAUGGUUUACGAAAUACUUGGAGGAUUACGAAUCUCCUUCCUUCCGAGACACCGAACAACGCGAGGCGUUUGAUACCAUAACAGGGUCCGCGGCGCACGUUCGAUCUUCGGGAAACGCAGAACGAGGCUCUUACGAAAGUAGACUUCUAUUAGAGAUUCUCCAAGAUGGAACGCACGGGUACCAGUUACUAAACGAGCCUUCACGCAAACUAGCGCUAGAAAUGCUUUGUAGUCACUUCACGAUCCCGACGUCUCACAGUGUGGACGUCGUCAGUUCUGACGAAGAGGCAUUGGCCUGGAUUUCUGUUGUUUGGAAAAGUUGCCAGACUCAAGGUCUGAGCAACGAGUACCUUGCUUGGGCAGGCCGAGUUAUUGGUAGAGGAUUUGCUGCAUCCGGCCACGUCGAUCAAGACCUGCUCCGAGAAUCUGAAUUAUCGCGAUACUAUAAUUUCUCGAUAGGCGCCUCUGGAUCGGAGCAUGGUCUUCUAAGUCUCCUACAAUCUUUGACAUCUGACAGCGACGGUUAUAAAGCUGGGCUCUCGGAGUCGGCAUUAAGAACGAUCGUCUCAGAUGCUGCAGCUCAGGGUGACGAAGACUUGCUCAUAGCUUGUCAAAAGGUCUUGUCCGAUCAGCUUCUUGCCACGUCGGAUUGGGCACCAUAUCGAACGCCGCCGUCUGAUAACCCGCCUGUCAGUCCUGUUUAUGAAGAUCACGCUCUCUCCAGUGAAGCAUUCGAGAAUGAGAAAUGGGCACAAGGUGUUACUGUAUACCUAGCACAAUCUUAUCCCGAUCAUGCCAUUCUCAAUGCUUUGCCUCCGAUACUCACAAAUAUCAAAGGCUUUGCUCAACAAGCAUUUCCUUACAUUAUACAUCUUGUCCUCUUAUUUGAGCGGGAGAAGCAGCAUUCUGCUAAGCGUAACCUGUCGAGCGCACUCAAGAACUGGCUCAAGCUAGACUCACCAACGGCCAAAGAAAAUAUAGGCCUCAUAAUAAAUGCCAUUUUAUAUCUGAGGACACAGCAACUGCCAAAAGAGAAUUCCAUCGCUGAUCGAGCUCAAUGGCUUGAUCUCGAUCUUCUUCUAGUUGCUUCGGCAGCUACUAGGUGUGGUAUGUUCAAAACAGCAUUGCUAUUUGUCGAGAUGGCAUCUGCGGACGGAUCACGAACAUCUCGCCGUUCAUCUGCCGCCCGGACUCAGGAAUCUACAGACGUUUUGAUGGACAUUUUUGAGAACAUUGAUGAUCCCGAUGCCUAUUAUGGUAUCAGUCAUACCUCAAGUCUGAGCAAUGUACUCGCGCGGCUCGAAUACGAAAAGAAUGGCAGCAUGAGCCUAGCAUUCCGUGGCGCACAAUACGAUAGUCAUAUUCGGAGGAGAGAUCCAAACGCCAAUAUCGAUACUCAAUCGUUAGUGGGAACACUCGGCAACCUCGGCUUGUCGGGAUUGUCACAUUCGCUUCUUCAGACCCAGCAAAGCCUAGAUAAUUCCUCAGCUACCGUGGAAAGUACCUUCAGUACAGCUAGGCGGUUGGAAAUAUGGAACCUCCCAGCUCCCGCGUCAACCGAUCAUCCCUCUGUCACACUUUAUAAAGCAUACCAGACUUGGCACCAAGCCACCGAGCUAAGCCUUGCAAGAAGGGCUGCUCAUGAUGGGUUCACUAAAACUAUGCGAAGCAUAGUUAAGAAUGACCUUGGCCCGGCCCAACUCCGACGUCAUCUUGGCACAUUAGCUGUCCUGACAGAACUCAAUGAUGUUGUAGAGAUGGCUGACUCUUCCGAACUUGACAAAAUCUUAACGGCAUUCACAGAUCGCUCUAGAUGGAUGAAAAGCGGACGGUACGAGGAUGUUAGCCAAAUUCUAUCCUGCAGAGAAACAACGUUGAGUAUGCUAGCUCAAACUUCUCAACGCCGUAGUAUGACAAAGGUAAACCCACCGGAGGCCACAUUAGCACAGAUAAAGUCGAUGCUAUUGUCUUCCGGCGUUUAUAGACAUCACCAAGCUACUCAAGAGUCUUUAAACAUCGCAACAUCCCUGACCGAUUUAGUAUCACCAAGUGCAGGUCUCGGUUUGCAUCUUGACUCAAUAGCGAAAUUUGAGGCCGCCAAUUCUCUCUGGGAUCAUGGAGAGAUGACAUCAUCUAUCCAUAUGCUACAAAGCAUCGACGAAGACCCAAAUUUCAAGAAACAAACCAUUCCUGUUAGUCGACCGGAUCUACUCGCGAAGACCGGAUAUCAAAUAUCCGUAGCAAAGUUGGAAAAGCCUGAGACUAUCCAAAAAGACUACUUACAGCCUGCAUUAAAGGAACUUAAAGGAAAGACAGAUGGCCAAGAGGCUGGUAAGGUAUAUCAUCAGUUCGCCAUGUUCUGUGAUGAGCAGUUGCAGAAUCCGGACGGGCUCGAAGAUUUGGCUCGCUUGCAGCAUCUAAAGAAGGGGAAAAGCGAUGAAGUCUCGCAGCUUAAGGUACUUGUGUCAUCGGAGAGAGAUUCGCAAAAGAAACAAAGGUACCAGAAUCAUCUUGCCAAAGCGAGACAAUGGCUUGAAUUAGACGAACAAGAGUUACGUCGCGUUGAGCAAAGUCGGACCGAAUUUGUCAGGUUAAGUUUGGAAAACUAUCUCUUGUCGUUGAUAUCCUGCGAUGAUCACAAUAACGAUGCCCUCAGAUUCACAGCCUUGUGGUUAGAAAGGUCUGAUGAAGACAUCACCAAUGAAGCUGUCAGGAGAUACAUCGACAAAGUUGCAACUCGAAAGUUCGCCCCGCUGAUGAAUCAGCUUUCUUCACGCCUAAUUAACCAGAAUAGCCUCUUCCAGAAACUUCUCUUUGAGCUUGUGUAUCGCAUCUGUGUUGAUCAUCCUUAUCAUGGGAUGUAUCAGAUAUGGUCGGGGUGGUGGUCACGCACGAAUAAGAACGAUGACGUGGCCGUUCUCCGCCAGGAAGCUACGGUAACGGUUGGUAAAAGGCUUGCCAAAACGGAUUCAGUGGCAACGAUAUGGACUGCGAUUGAUAAGACCAACAAAGCCUAUCAUAAGCUGGCAACCGAGCUGGACCCUUCUCGCUAUAAGGCAGGACAAAAGGUCGCAGUCAGAGACUCUGUUGCAGGUUCUGCUCUUUCGAGUACUCUGGCCAAAUACCAGAUACCACCCCCGACAAUGCAAAUUGAACUCCAAGCUAGUCGAGACUAUAGCCAGAUUCCAUAUAUUGCCAAGAUCGAGCCGAAUAUGUCUAUCGCUUCCGGCGUCAGCGCACCAAAAAUAAUCACCGUGGUUGGGACUAAUGGAGAACGAUUCAAACAACUUGUUAAAGGGGGAAACGAUGACUUGCGCCAGGACGCAAUCAUGGAACAGGUCUUUGCCGCUGUGUCGUCCGUAUUAAAGCAUCAUCGGUCUACCCAGCAACGCAAUCUCGGAAUCAGAACGUACAAGGUUUUGCCCCUGACUUCAGCCUCCGGGCUGAUCGAGUUCGUGUCGAAUACUAUACCGCUCCACGAAUAUCUAAUGCCGGCUCAUGAACGGUAUCAUCCGAAAGAUCUCAAAGGGUCGCAGUGCCGGAAGGAGAUUUCCCAAGUCCAGAGUAAAUCGUCUGAGGUUCGCGUAGCUACUUAUAAGAGGGUCACGGAGAAAUUUCAGCCUGUGAUGCGCUACUUUUUCAUGGAGCACUUCGUUGAUCCAGAUGAGUGGUUCGCCAAACGCACAGCUUACACACGAACUACGGCGGCGAUUUCUAUAUUAGGCCAUGUGCUGGGCCUCGGUGAUCGUCACGGUCAUAACAUCCUUCUCGACACUAAGAGCGGGGAAGCUGUCCAUAUCGACCUGGGUGUAGCUUUCGAGAUGGGCCGUGUACUACCAGUCCCCGAGCUUGUACCAUUCCGGCUCACGCGGGAUAUUGUCGAUGGCAUGGGCAUCACCAAAACGGAAGGCGUCUUCAGACGGUGCUGCGAGUUCACCCUCGACGCGCUACGCGAAGAGACCUACUCUAUUAUGACGAUUCUAGAUGUUUUACGAUACGAUCCCCUGUAUUCUUGGUCCAUCAGUCCCGUCCGCAUGGCCAAACUUCAGGACCCCCGGCGAGACGAGGGAGAAGGCGCUGCGGAUGCAGACGUGAAGAAAAAGACCGCCGGGGCCGUGGGUAUGGUGAACGAGCCUAGCGAGGCCGACCGUGCGCUCGAGGUCGUGCGCAAGAAGCUUAGCAAGACGUUGAGCGUGACGGCUACGGUCAACGAUUUAAUCAACCAGGCGACCGACGAAAGGAAUCUUGCAUUUUUGUAUUCUGGUUGGGCUGCUUAUGCUUAAGCGUUUACGUACCUACGAGAUGAUACCCAUGUAGAAAUUGUCGUUUCGCUCGUUUAGCUUAGAUGGCUAGGAAUAAUGAUGUACGAAUAUUGAAUAGAAGAUGCACUCAUGGGAAGCUCAGGAUACCGGGUUCGAUUUCUGUUGGUAGAGGCUGUAAAUAUAGUACCUAUAGCAAGUGUUUCAAUUAUUUCCUGUUUGAGCACGUGGGUUCGGUGCAUCCAACAGUUCAAGUCAAACUUCCGAUGAUUCCAGACAACCUCUGAUGUUUUCUAAACUCGAACUGAUGAUCAUGGUCAAUAAUAAAAAGGUCAUCUCCUGAGGCUUCGACGCCACUUAGGUCACCCCCUAUCCCUUGCAGCUUCAGUGGUGGAAAACAUCCAAGCUACGCUUAAAUCGACCAUAUACAAGCCUAGACAGCCUCACUUUUAACUACCUAACUAUUAACCAAUUUAAAAAAGGAGGUUGACUAAUUUAAUCAACUAAGUCAAAAGCACGAUACCAAUGCGGUGUGAUCAAUAUAGGACGGGCCAGACGGGAUAGUUUAAGAAGCUAAUUGAACUAUUGAAU